AAAGGGCCGACUGCGUGCGUGACCGGAGACGAGAACAUCUAGCGAUUCAGGAUAUGACUACUACAACAGCGGCCGCUCCCGCGACCGCCGGAGCCAGCGCCAUGCCAGGCCCGUUCGCCGUGGCGCUAAAGCACAGCGUCACCCCUUCCCCCGUGCACGUCAAGAUGCGGGAGGAGCGCACGGCCGGCGGCGCGUGCUGCCUGCGCUUGCUCUGUUCCAUGAGGACCUCGUACGAGCUACAAAUGAUCGGGGGGCCUGGGCUGCAGGUCGGGGAAGAGGAGGAGCAUACAGACUACGUGAUACCGCUAUACGAGGUCAACCUCCGCAGCCACGACGCCUGCCGCGCCGCCAUGCUCAAAUUGCUCUCGUCGGUACCGGUGGCCGGUCCGGUAUCCCUGCUCGAUCCGGCGGCGGGCGAGUGGUACGAGCCCGUGCUCGACGCCGCCGCGGACGGCAUCGUCAGCCAGCUGCAGCCCGUCACGAGCGGCGAGGGGUACGCCUUCGACGUGUCGCUUUGCAUCGAGGAGAGCUUCAAGUACAUCCAGCCGGAGGCCUUGCUGCUGGCGUGCGAGCAGGCGGAGGUCCCUACUUCCCAGCCUCCCGUGGUGGAGCGCUGCGCUGUCUGCAUGGAGUGCCUGCCCUUGCCGUCCCCGACAGCAACAACAGAGGAGGCGUUGCUUUCCCUGCCGUCCUGCGGCCACACGUUCCACCGCCGGUGCAUCGCCUCCUGGUUCCAGAAGGGAAGCACCUGCCCGCUGUGCCGCCGCGACAUGAUGUACUGCCUCCUUGACGCGGAGAAGCGAUUUGGAUUAGAAAGGGAGGACAUUUCUUCAAAAAAACGAAACAGGGACAUGGCAAGCUGACAGUUGAUUCAAGAUUCAUGAGCGACAUCAUCCUACUGGUUCAUCUCUAUAGCCAAAUCCAUGAACUUUUUGAAACUUCAUCCCAACAUUUUUAUUCCGAAAGUUAACUGUUAGUGUAAUAAAGUAGCGCAUAAUUUGGCGCAACUAGCGUGAGUCAUGUGCAGUGUUACCCGACUCGGCACCGACCUGUUCGUUGGCCCUGAUCAUAGAUGGCUGUAAAAAUAUUAUUGCCCAAUAAAUAAAGCUUAUGGUUUUCUAAAAUAAAGAUGGCCGUCUCUAGUGGCCACCUUCCGAUCACCUAUCUUUGUCGGCUAAGACGGCCUUCAUUGCCGGCUCUGACCGCAUCGUCUUGAUGUCUCUCCACAUGUUCCUCCCACCACCGCCGGGAGCGCCAAAGGUCAACGUUGAUGAGGGAUGCUAUCGCUCGUGCCCACCACCACCAGGCGCCAACGAGGGACGCCAUCGACCACUGUCGUUCAUGUAUGGAUGUUGUCUUUAAGUUUGUGGGAGGGGGUGUACGGAAGGGGAAAGUGGUUUGCUAAUUAAUUAUCUGUGUUAAGUAAAAAUGGUGUUUGUGCAUAUGUUUGUUUAGAGGCCAAAAAUGGCAGAGAUGAACGUAAG